GAGUAACCCGUCUGCGCAUCAUCACAUCACCCCACUCUCUGCUGUUAAAGCGUCUGUUAGUUACCUCACCAUGAUGUGAUUUUGUUUGUUGAACCAUCACUAGAGACAGAGAUGUCUGGCAGACACAACUAAUUUAUUGAUCUGUUGAACUCAACUUGUCCAGGAUUACGUUUCGGUGCAUCUCCACCGUAUUCGCAGCCUGUCAGUGGGGCCCAGCCAUGGCACAGCAGGACGGUGCUGCCAAGAAGAACCCUGCUGUUGCAGCGCUGCACUCUCACUUCAUCGUGGGGUCAGUGUCGGAGGAGAACUCGGAGGAUGAAGUCCUAGGGAGGCCGGACUUGCAGCUGGAGGAAAAGGAGACUCGCUCCUUGUCGCCGUCCUCUGAUAGCUCGAGCAGCACCUUCGAAAUGGGAUUCGACCACAUUGAAGCCCCCAAUCAAAAUCUCAGCUAUAAAAAAAACAACAACUGCAAUUCAAAAGCUGCCUAUGAGACGAGUCCUAUCGCAGCAGGCCUUAAGUUCAAAACGAACACUCUGUUCAGACUCUCUGGGCCAAGCAUGUCAGGGCUGCACCUGGUGAAGCAGGGCAGAGACCGCCGGCGCAUUGAUCUCCAGAGAGACUUCACCGUGGCUUCUCCUGCUGAAUUUGUCACCCGCUUUGGUGGCAACAAGGUUAUCGAGAAGGUGCUUAUCGCCAACAAUGGCAUUGCAGCGGUGAAAUGCAUGCGCUCCAUCCGCCGCUGGUCCUAUGAGAUGUUUCGCAAUGAAAGGGCGAUCCGCUUUGUUGUUAUGGUGACCCCGGAGGACCUGAAGGCCAACGCAGAGUACAUCAAGAUGGCCGAUCAUUACGUGCCUGUGCCAGGAGGGACAAAUAACAACAACUAUGCCAAUGUGGAGCUCAUCCUGGACAUAGCUAAACGCAUACCUGUUCAGGCAGUGUGGGCUGGAUGGGGUCAUGCCUCGGAGAACCCCAAACUGCCAGAGCUGCUUCAUAAGAAUGGCAUUGCUUUCAUGGGUCCUCCCAGUCAGGCUAUGUGGGCUCUAGGAGACAAGAUCGCCUCGUCCAUCGUGGCUCAAACUGCUGGCAUUCCCACCCUGCCCUGGAGUGGCGAAGGUCUGACGGUAGAGUGGACGGAGAGCGAUCAAAAGAAGAAAGUUAUCAAUGUUCCUACUGACGUGUACGAGCUCGGCUGCAUCCUGGAUGUGGAGGAUGGCCUGAAGGCCUCAGAGAAGGUUGGCUACCCCGUGAUGGUGAAGGCCUCAGAGGGAGGCGGGGGGAAAGGCAUCCGUAAAGUCAACUGUGCUGAUGAUUUCCCUAACCUCUUCAGACAGGUCCAGGCAGAAGUUCCAGGAUCGCCUAUUUUCGUCAUGCAGCUAGCCAAGCAUGCCCGCCACCUCGAGGUCCAGAUCUUGGCGGAUCAAUACGGCAAUGCCAUUUCCCUGUUCGGUAGGGACUGUUCUGUGCAGCGACGGCACCAGAAAAUUAUAGAGGAGGCUCCAGCUACCAUCGCCCCUUCAGAUGUGUUUGAGGAUAUGGAAAGGUGUGCGGUGAAGCUGGCUAAGAUGGUGGGCUACGUCAGUGCAGGUACAGUGGAGUACCUCUACAGCCAGGAUGGAAGCUUCUACUUCCUGGAGCUCAACCCUCGUCUGCAGGUGGAGCAUCCCUGUACUGAGAUGGUGGCUGACGUCAACCUGCUAGCUGCCCAACUGCAGAUCGCUAUGGGUAUUCCUCUGCAAAGGAUCAAAGACAUCAGGAUGCUUUAUGGGGUGCAGCCCUGGGGGGACUCUCCCAUUGACUUUGAGGGUCUGUCCACUGCCCCCUCCCCACGGGGCCAUGUCAUUGCAGCAAGAAUCACCAGUGAAAACCCCGAUGAGGGUUUCAAACCGAGCUCCGGAACAGUCCAAGAGCUGAAUUUCCGCAGCAAUAAGAACGUGUGGGGCUACUUCAGCGUUGCAGCGGCCGGGGGGCUGCAUGAGUUUGCCGACUCCCAGUUUGGACAUUGUUUCUCGUGGGGAGAGAAUCGGGAAGAAGCCAUCUCGAACAUGGUGGUGGCUCUGAAGGAGUUGUCUAUCAGAGGAGACUUCAGGACGACAGUGGAAUACCUCAUUAAGCUGCUGGAGACUGAAAGCUUUCAGCACAACACCAUCGACACAGGCUGGCUGGACAGGCUCAUCUCAGAGAAGAUGCAGGCGGAGCGUCCAGAUACCAUGCUGGGAAUUGUGAGCGGGGCUCUUCAUGUGGCAGAUGUCAAUCUAAGAAACAGUGUGUCCAACUUUCUGCAUUCUCUGGAAAGGGGCCAGGUGCUGCCAGCACACACACUGCUCAACACUGUGGACGUGGAGCUGAUCUACGAAGGCACUAAAUACACUCUAACAGUGACGCGGCAGUCUCCCAACUCCUACGUGGUCAUCAUGAACCACACCUCUGCGGAGGUGGACGUCCAUCGGCUCAGUGACGGAGGCCUUUUGCUGUCUUAUGAUGGAAGCAGCUACACCACCUACAUGAAGGAAGAGGUGGAUAGGUAUCGCAUCACAAUUGGGAACAAGACUUGUGUUUUCCAAAGGGAGAAUGAUCCCUCCCUGCUGCGAUCUCCUUCAGCAGGAAAACUCAUCCAGUACACAGUGGAGGACGGCGGGCACGUGUUUUCUGGACAGUGCUACGCUGAAAUUGAGGUGAUGAAGAUGGUGAUGACUCUAACAGCUGCAGAGUCUGGCUGUAUUCACUAUGUGAAGAGGGCUGGAGCAGCCCUGGAUCCUGGCUGUGUCAUUGCCAAGCUGCAGCUGGAUGACCCGAGCAGAGUGCAACAGGCAGAGCUGAACACGGGGCCCCUGCCCGCUAUCCAGGCAGUGGCUCUGCGAGGGGAGAAACUCCACAGAGUCUUCCACACUACACUGGAUCAUCUCGCUCACAUAAUGAACGGCUACUGUCUUCCUGAGCCUUUCUUCAGCAUUAAGUUGAAAGAGUGGGUGGAAAGGUUGAUGAAAACGAUGCGCGAUCCCUCUCUGCCGCUGCUGGAGCUCCAGGACAUCAUGACCAGUGUGUCAGGUCGCAUCCCCCCUGCUGUGGAGAAGUCCAUCAAGAAGGAGAUGGCUCAGUAUGCUAGCAACAUCACCUCCGUGCUCUGCCAGUUUCCCAGCCAGCAGAUCGCAAACAUCCUGGACAGCCACGCUGCUACCCUUAACAAGAAGUCAGAGAGAGAAGUCUUCUUUAUGAACACACAGAGCAUCGUCCAGCUGGUGCAGAAGUAUCGCAGUGGCAUCAGAGGUCACAUGAAGGCGGUGGUGAUGGACCUGCUCAGACAGUACCUGAAAGUGGAGAUCCAGUUUCAGAAUGGACACUAUGACAAAUGUGUGUUCGCACUGCGCGAGGAAAACAAAAGUGACAUGAUCAACGUGCUCAACUACAUCUUCUCCCACGCUCAGGUCACCAAGAAGAACCUGCUGGUUACUAUGCUCAUCGAUCAGCUGUGCGGCCGUGAUCCCACUCUGACAGAUGAGCUGAUGGCCAUCCUGACUGAACUCACCCAGCUCAGCAAGACGACCAACGCCAAGGUGGCGCUGCGGGCUCGACAGGUGUUGAUAGCUUCCCACCUCCCUUCUUACGAGCUACGUCACAACCAGGUGGAGUCCAUCUUCCUCUCUGCCAUCGAUAUGUAUGGACACCAAUUCUGCAUCGAGAACCUCCAGAAAUUGAUCCUUUCAGAAACAUCCAUAUUUGAUGUUCUGCCCAACUUCUUCUACCACAGUAAUCAGGUAGUCAGGAUGGCUGCGCUGGAGGUGUACGUUCGCAGAGCAUACAUCGCCUAUGAGCUCAACAGCGUUCAGCAUCGACAGCUGAGAGACAACACAUGUAUAGUGGAGUUCCAGUUCAUGCUCCCCACCUCGCACCCCAACAGAGGGAACAUCCCCACACUAAACAGGAUGUCUUUCUCAUCCAACCUGAACCACUACGGCAUGGUGCACAUCGGCAGCAUCAGCGACGUUCUGCUCGACACUUCGUUCACACCGCCCUGUCAGCGCAUGGGAGCCAUGGUCGCUUUCCGCUCCUUCCAGGAGUUCACCAGGAACAUAAACGACGUGUUGAGCUGCUUCUCCGACUCUCCUCCGACAAGUCCAACCUUCCCAGAGGGAGGAAACCCUGUCCUGUACGGCGAAGAGGACAACAAGAGUAUCCUGGACGAGCCGAUCCACAUCCUGAAUGUGGCUAUAAAGACGGACAGCGACAUCGACGAUGACGGCCUUGCAGCUGUAUUCCGAGAGUUUACUCAUUCAAAGAAGUCUAAGCUGUUUGAACAUGGCAUCCGCCGCCUGACUUUCCUCGUGGCCCAGAAGGAUUUCAGGAAGCAAGUCAACUGUGAGGUGGACCAAAGGUUUCAUAGAGAAUUCCCCAAGUUUUUCACAUUCCGUGCCAGAGACAAGUUUGAGGAGGACAGGAUCUAUCGUCAUUUGGAGCCGGCGCUAGCUUUCCAGUUGGAGCUCAACCGCAUGCGCAAUUUUGCCCUCACUGCCAUCCCGUGUGCCAACCACAAGAUGCACCUGUACCUGGGUGCCGCCCGGGUGGAGGCGGGCGCAGAGGUGACGGACUACCGUUUCUUUGUGCGAGCCAUCAUCCGCCACUCCGAUCUGAUCACCAAGGAGGCCUCUUUUGAAUACCUUCACAAUGAGGCCGAGCGUCUGCUGCUGGAAGCCAUGGAUGAGCUGGAGGUGGCGUUCAAUAACACGACUGUGCGAACUGACUGCAACCAUAUCUUCCUCAACUUUGUCCCCACGGUCAUCAUGGACCCAUCAAAGAUCGAGGAGUCUGUGCGCUCCAUGGUGAUGCGUUACGGCAGCCGCCUGUGGAAGCUGCGCGUCCUGCAGGCCGAGCUGAAGAUCAACAUCCGCCUGACUCCAACAGGAAAGCAAAUCCCAAUCCGCCUCUUCCUCACCAAUGAGUCGGGCUACUACCUGGACAUCAGCUUGUACAAGGAGGUCACUGAUUCUCGAACGGGACAGGUGGGGCCCAAAGACCGACAGACUCGUGUUGCAACGGAGAAAUGUCUGGCUGAGUCAUCACCCCCCCGGCCAAAGCUUCGACCUUUCGCUGUCGAUUGCAACCGAAGCUCCGGACCCAAAAAAAUGAUCAUGUUCCAAGCCUAUGGAGACAAGCAGGGUCCGCUGCAUGGCAUGCUCAUCAACACCCCCUAUGUGACCAAGGACCUGCUGCAGUCUAAACGCUUCCAGGCGCAGUCUCUGGGCACAACCUAUGUCUACGACUUUCCAGAAAUGUUCCGACAGGCUCUGAAAAAGCUGUGGCACUCUUACCAAACGUUUGCCCACUUACCCAAAUGCCCUCUUCCUUCUGAGCUGCUCACCUUCACAGAGCUGGUUCUAGAUGACCAAGGUCUGCUGGUGCAGAUGAACCGGCUGCCGGGGGGCAACGAGAUUGGUAUGGUAGCAUGGCGGAUGACCCUGCGGACGCCAGAAUAUCCAGCGGGACGCGAGAUCAUCGUCAUAAGCAACGACAUCACUAACAAGAUAGGUUCGUUCGGGCCCCAGGAGGACGUGUUGUUCCUGAGGGCCUCAGAGAUGGCACGAGAGAGCGGCAUCCCUCGACUCUACAUCGCAGCCAACAGUGGCGCCCGCAUCGGGCUGGCAGAGGAGAUCAGACACAUGUUCCACGUGGCCUGGCAGGACCCAGCUGACCCUUAUAAGGGUUUCAAGUACCUCUACCUAACACCUCAGGAUUACAAGAAAGUAUCAGCCCUGAACUCUGUGCAUUGCGAACAUGUGGAGGAUGAGGGAGAAUCCAGGUACAAGAUCACUGACAUCAUUGGAAAAGAUGAAGGGCUCGGUGUGGAGAAUCUGAAAGGGUCUGGAAUGAUUGCCGGAGAAUCCUCUCUGGCUUACGAUGAGAUCAUCACCAUGAACCUGGUCACAUGCAGAGCCAUCGGGAUCGGGGCCUAUCUGGUGAGGCUCGGACAGAGAACCAUUCAAGUGGACAACUCUCACAUUAUCCUGACUGGAGCCGGAGCCCUCAACAAGGUGCUGGGCAGAGAAGUGUACACAUCAAACAAUCAACUUGGUGGCAUCCAAAUCAUGCACAACAACGGUGUUACCCACUGUGCCGUGUGUGAUGACUUUGAGGGAGUGUACACGCUGCUGGAGUGGCUGUCCUACAUGCCCAUGACUAAUUCGAGUCCAGGGCCAAUCCUUGAUGCGAAGGAUCCCAUAGAUCGGCUGGUGGAGUUUAUCCCUACAAAGGCUCCGUAUGACCCUCGCUGGAUGCUAGCAGGACGUCCCAGCCAGACUCCAAAGGGCUCCUGGCAGAGUGGCUUCUUUGACCAGGGCUCCUUCAUGGAGAUCAUGCAGCCAUGGGCUCAGAGCGUGGUGGUCGGCAGAGCCAGGCUGGGUGGGAUACCUACUGGGGUGGUUGCCGUGGAAACCAGGUCAGUCGAGCUGUCAAUCCCAGCCGAUCCAGCCAAUUUGGACUCCGAUGCGAAGAUCAUCCAGCAGGCCGGACAGGUGUGGUUCCCAGAUUCUGCUUUCAAGACGGCGCAGGCCAUUAAGGACCUGAACAGAGAGGGGCUCCCUCUGAUGGUGUUUGCCAACUGGAGGGGCUUUUCUGGAGGAAUGAAAGAUAUGUACGACCAGGUGUUGAAGUUCGGGGCCUACAUCGUGGACGGGCUGCGGGAGUACAGGCAGCCGGUCCUGGUUUAUAUCCCCCCCCAGGCUGAGCUGAGGGGGGGAUCCUGGGUGGUCAUAGAUCCCACCAUCAACCCUCGUCACAUGGAGAUGUACGCUGACAAGGACAGCCGAGGUGGAGUUUUGGAGCCCGAAGGAACGGUGGAGAUCAAAUUCCGGAAGAAGGACCUGGUGAAGACGAUGAGGCGAGUGGAUCCGAUCUACAUGAGCUUAGCUGAAAGACUGGGAACCCCUGAGCUGAAUCCCUCUGAAUGUAAAGAGCUGGAGACCAAGCUGAAGGAGCGAGAGGAGUUCCUCCUGCCCAUCUACCACCAGGUGGCCGUGCAGUUUGCAGACCUCCAUGACACCCCGGGUCGCAUGCAAGAGAAGGGUGUAAUAACGGAUAUCCUUGAUUGGCAAACAUCCCGUCAGUUCUUCUACUGGCGCCUGCGGCGUCUGCUGCUGGAGGACACGGUGAAGAGUAAGAUCUCAGCGGCCAACGGCGAGCUGACAGACGGACAGAUCCAGGCCAUGCUGCGCCGCUGGUUCGUGGAGGCCGAGGGGGCCGUCAAGGCCUAUCUGUGGGAUAAUAACGAAGAGGUGGUGUCCUGGCUGGAGAGGCAGCUGGCUGAAGAGGAGGGGGCCAGGUCUGUGGUCGACGAGAACAUCAAGUGCAUCCGCCGAGACCACAUCCUCAAGCAGAUCCGCAGCCUCGUUCAAGCCAAUCCGGAGGUUGCCAUGGAUUCCAUCGUGUACAUGACUCAGCACAUUUCGCCCACGCAGAGAGCCGAGGUUGUCCGCAUCCUGUCCACCAUGGAGACGUCGGCCUCCUCUUGAGGGGGGGGGGCCCGGCCUCUCCUCCCUCCGCCUGGCUGAUGCUCUUCUCGGACCGCCUCCACAGCCAGACCCCGCUCCUGGGCGGGGACCCCGAGUCUGGAGGAGCCAACGCGAGGGGCCCCUAGCAGCUGCCGGGACCCCAGAUGAACCGUUGGCUAUGAUUCUCAAUAAGCAAGAGCUCGGACAACUAACAAAUACUGAACAUGUUGUCCAAAUAUCUCCCGCUAACGUAUCGCACGUCCGCUCGAUAAAUCUGUGUUUUUUAAUUCAAGAGCAAUUAAAAAAGAAAUAAAAACUAGUCUCUAAUAAUAUGCCCAGGUCUACCAGGGGCCUCAACACGACUAUACAUUUGUAUGUUGUUGUCAUAUGACAAUGGUUUGUGACAUAUGCUUGUUAAAAACCACAAGUGUUUUGAUGACCAACAGACAACACAUUGCUUGGGAGGGGGCAUUAGUGAGAAAGAAGGGGUUUUACUUUCGUAAGCAGGGAACACUUAGUUACUGAACAAAGGCGGGGGAACACUACAUACAACAGAUCCGGACAGGAGAGCCCAGCGGGGAGCGGGCACAGGGUCCCUUUUAGACCCCCACUGCUUCACAGUUACCCUGUGGAGAGCCCGCCACGGGCCGCGCUCCUCGCAACAAAACCCACAGCUGCCCCUUCUGUUCUCACUCACACGGUUCACACACAUGCUGCUGCGGACGCACUUUACUGUUUACUGUUACCUCACCCAGAAUCAGAGUGUAGGACGCAUCUCGCAUACAAACACAUCGGUACCAACGGUAAUAUAGACAGAGGUGAUGAUGGUUUUAAUGAGUAUUGACAACGAUACUAAUAGUGUUUGUUUCUAAAUAGCCUGUACCCCUUUUUAUGAAUACUUAAAACAAACAAAUUAAUAUUUUUGAAUUUGCACUAAUUCAACUCAUUAAUGUCAGCGUGUGAAAGAGUACUGUUCACUGGAUUUACAUGUUACACAUCGAACACAGUGUUUCAUUCACUGUAAUCCAAACUUACUGUUCUAUUUAAAGUGUAUGAAAUGUUACUUAUUUUUAAUAUACAUUUUUGAGAAACAUGUUUGAUAAUUACUUAUCUGCUUGAUUUGUUACUUACGGACAAGCAGAUUGUGGCAACUGUACGAGAGUACACACUGCACCAUAAUGCUGAAAUAAAUGUCUAUGGAUCUCAUAUUCUCUGCAGAAGAAAUGCAACGUCAGCAAUGUGAAAUGGCUUUGUGGUCAGUGCUGUGCCUUUGAUUUGCCUGUAUUGACAUGUAGUUGCUUUAUAAGUAACUGGUUGCUUCCUGUACAAACAUGGAGAACAAUUUACAGUGAUGAGCUCUAACUGUCUGCAAAUGUAAUAAAGCCUACCCAACUCA